GAAAUAUUUGUUGUGAGAGCACAGCCCAGCUCAAAAAUAUUGUUGCAAGCCUUGGGCAGCCGCAAACGCACACGCAAGCUACCAAAACACACUCAUAAGCUACCACAUAGUACAUGCACACCAAAACAACAACGAUCCUCGCGCUCGCGGCGAGCCUCGCGCUCGCUGCCACAGAUGGGGAGCAGCCAGCACGCCGCCGCCUCCGCGACACGGUCGACCUGACGCGCGUCCACGAGAAGGCGGAAGCUGAAGCGCUCACCGGCGCGCUCUCGUUCAAGCUCGACGCGGCGGCCGCGAAAAAGGGCGGCGCCGAUGCGCUCGCGCACCGCGUCGCCGAUUUGAUCGAGUGCUCGAAGGCAGAGAGAACUUUCCGCCACGCCGGCAUCCACGAGGCGAAGCACGUCGCGAAGGGCCUCGACCUCUGGUACUCGGUCAAGUGCGCCGACGGCGCGCAGGAUCGCGCGGCCGCGUCGACGAAGGCCGCGGCCAAGCUGCAUGCCUACCUCGACCGCUCCGACGAAGACCACGAGGGCGUCCAGCUCAUCGAGCCGGCCCUCGUGCACCUCCAGUACAACUCGUCGAACUCGUCGAGGGCGACCGAUGACCCGUACUACCAGUACCAAUCUGGACAUUACGACGCCGUCAAUUUGGCAACGGCCUGGGACACGACCAUGGGGAAUUCGGAGAUCGUCGUGCAGGUCAUCGAUACGGGCCUCGACCUGGACCACGAAGAUUUACAGAUGAACAUCUGGAAAAACACGCAGCCGCACCCCACGACGGGCGAGACCGAGUGGCCGGACAACUGCAACGACGGCGUCGAUAACGACGGAAAUGGCUUCGUUGACGACUGCCACGGCUACAACCACGCCGAAGAUUCCGCUGGAGACGCGUCGAGUGGCAACUACCUCGGCGCCGGCUCGCACGGCUCGCAUUGCGGUGGGACGAUCGCGGCGGACAAUAACAACGGCAUCGGCGGCGCGGGCGUCGCGGGCGGCGACGGCACCGAGGACUCGGGCGUCAAGCUCAUGGUCUCUGUGGUCUUUGGCGCGACCUGGACGGACGGCUUCGCAGAAGCAUUGGUCUACGGCGCCGAUAACGGCGCCCGCGUGUCGUCGAACAGCUGGGGCUACAUAUACCCGGGCGACUUCGAACAGAGCGUUCUCGACGCGAUUGACUACUAUACCGACUCUGAAGACGACGGCGGCCAGGGCAUCGAGGGCGCCGUGGUCUUCGCCGCGGGCAACGACAACAGCAACGCGGACUACUACCCGGCCUACUACGAUAAGACAAUCGCAGUCGCAGCAACGGACAACAGCGGGAACCGCGCCUACUUUUCGAACUACGGCGACUGGAUCGACAUCUCGGCGCCGGGGAUGAGCAUCUACUCGACGGUCGUGGGCGGCUACGACUGGUACGACGGCACGUCGAUGGCCUGCCCGCACGUUGCGGGCAUCCUGGCCCUCUGCCUGAGCGCGAAUCCGGGCCUCGGCAGACAGGACGUCCUCGACAUGCUCUACGACACCGCGGGUCCGUUGACGGCGGACCUGGGCGCGGGUAUGGCCGACGCGGGCGCCUUCGUGGCGCAAUGCGCGAACGGCGCGCCGACUAUGCAGCCGACCGUCUCGCUCGCGCCGACCACGGCCAUGCCAACGUUCAAGCCAACGAUGUCGCUGGCCCCAACGGCCUCCUGCGUCUGCGACCAGAAGCUCGAGCUUACGGUCGUCACCGACUGGUACUGACUCAGCGUCUGAAGGCAACCUCUAGGCCUCGCCGCGUCGUUCCGCGCCACUCACCCGUCGUCGUCCGCACAGGUACCCAAACGAGAUCGCCUGGACGCUCAAGCACGAGCACCCCGGGCCGGACUGCCACGACGCCUCGCUCGACAGCGGCGAGUACCCGUAUGACACGCCAAAUUUCGAGUACAAGACGGUUUUGUCGGAGCAGAUCUGCGCGGGCCAGGAGUACUGCUUCGACAUCACGGACUUGUACGGCGACGGCAUCUGCUGUUAUGAGGGCGAAGGUUCAUAUCAGCUCGAGCUUGAUGGCGCCGUCGUCGCGAGCGGCGGCGACUACGGGGCCGGCGAGAAGACGUGCUUCACGGCGCCGUAUGUGACCACCUGCGCGGAAGUUGGCUGCGACACGGGCUGCCUCACGUUCGACGACGCCGGCCACCCGACGUGCGAGGCUGGGCUGGGCCGCCCCGAGUGUGAGGCCACAUCCGGUGCCUCGCGCUUCUGCGGCUACGAAGCGCCCGGGCAGGUGCAUCUCGCUUCGCCGGGCGAGAUCCAGAACACGGUGCUCGUGCACUUUACCGCCGACGCGCCGGAUUCGACGAAGUUCAAGAUCGAGUGGAGCGUGCUGAACGCGCCGACGCAAUCGCCGACCGCGCUACCGACGACGGCCGUGCCGACGGCGGAGCCGUCCUCCGCGCCGACGCCGCGGCCGACGGCGGGGCCGUCCGCUGCGCCCUCGCCCUCGCCGACGACACAGCCCGUCCAGUCGCCGACGACACAGCCUGCCCAGUCGCCCACGUCACAACCCGCUCAGUCGCCCACGGCGCCCUCGCCGACGCCGCGGCCAACCCAGGCGUCGACGACGCUUGCACCGACGGAGCCCGCACCGGCGCCGGCGCCGACCGCGCCGGCGCCCGUGCCGACCGCUUCGUUGCCCGCGCCGACCGCUCCGAGACGCCUUUCCGAGACGACGGACGGCUGGACACUGGCGACGGAGACGGACGGCGCUACCAUCGCUCCUCACUACGACGGGCGGCGGUACUUCGUGCUCCGCGACGAGAACAUUCCGUGCGGCGCAAUUGUCGAGGUGCGCGUGGCGGCGCUCUACGCCGAAGGCGACGUCUCGCCCUACGCACAGUCCUCCACGGCAACCGUCGCGUGCGCGCCUACUGCGGCUCCUACGCACGGGCCGACGUUCUCCCCCACGACGUCGCUGCCGUCGGCCCAGCCGACUCCGUCGCCUACCGCGGCACCUACGACGGCUCUGCCGUCUGCCCAACCGACGCUGUCGCCCACCGCGCUACCGACGACGAUCGCGCCGACGACGCCGGAGCCCUCACAAGCGCCGACGACGGCCGCGCCGUCGCCGCGGCCCACGCCCGGUCCCACGGUCGCGCCUUCGCCCGGGCCGACGCCAGCACCGACGCCGCGCCCCACGCCCGGGCCGACGCCCGUGCCGACGGCAACGACGGCACCGACGCGAAACUGUGUGUCGGACGAGUUCGAAGGAACGACCCUCGACGCCCAGUGGACGUACCCCGCCGGCGGCGACGGCGAGUGCGCGCUCAGCGGCGGGACGUUGGUUUGUAAAAACGCUGGAAACGGUGCGCACAUUCGCACGACGGAUACUCUCAUGGCGCCUCUGGACAUUAGCGGUUCGCUCGACAAGUCCAAUUAUUGUUCGGACCACUAUAUCAAGGUCUCCACCCAGAGCUCUGAUUCAAGUUACCCCUGGUACUCUCGCUCCGGGUUUGUCACGUUCGUUUGGAAUUGUGACUAUCGUUACAUCUAUGGCCAGACCAGUAGCGUUUACACCUCUUGCCCGACGAUGCAGUCGUACGACAUCGAGAUCACGGUCGAUGAGUCGACGGUCACAUUUCGCGACACCGCCGGCGCGUGCGGCGACCUCAGCCUCACCGACUCUAUUGGCUCGUCCGGACCGCUUUACACGUACGUCGGGGCGGACGUCGACUACGGCGACGGUGACGCCGUCUGGAACUCCGUGGAGAUCUGCGCCGAGCCCGAGUCGCAGGCGCCGACCCCGGCGCCGACGACGCCGGCGCCGACGCCUCAGCCGACGGUGCCCGCGCCGACGCCACGACCCACCGAGCCGGUGCCGACGGCCGACCUCUGCACAUCUCACGCGGAACAUCCCUUCUCGAACGCCUGCUUCCGCUACGACAACUUCGACGGUGGCGAAUUGAAGAUCAUGGGUCCGCAGAGCGGGAACUGGAACACCGAGAGCGAGUGCGAUGAACAGGGCGAGAAGACUAGAUGGACGACGCACUGGUGUCCGCAACUCGAGCUGUCCUGCGAGCUCUACGGCGCCCCGGGCAAGUGCCUUGUGCACGACCAAAGAGACGGGAGCCUCAAACCGAAGUCAGGAGGCGGGUGGAAGAACGAAGCGAAGUGCGAGAAGAAGGGGCGGAAGGCGCGGUACGAGACGGUGUGGUGCCCGGACGACCGCCGCCGCCGCCGCCUUCGGGGUUCGGCGUGAGAGACUCGGUUGUGUGUGAGUCCCUGUCCCUGUCCUGUGCGAGAGCUGUCCGCACUGUGAUAUGUACACGCGUGUUGGUGUGUUACGCGCCUGUGUCUGUGACACCCUGCCCGCGACGGCGGCGCCCUUUGCCUUAUAUUUCCCUUUCCUUGCCCGCGUGUUCCUUCCAUGCCCUUUCUACUUGUAAUGAUUCUUUGUUGCAAA